AUGACACAUCAAGUUUCUCAAAUAUCACCACUGUCCUACGUCAAUUUUCGCCAUCCAUAUUUAUUUGGUGGGCAAGCACCUCCCUUUCCGUCGUGCUAUUGGCCUUAUCAAGCACCACAUAUGUGCUGGCGUAAAGAUGCUAUCAGCAAUUAUACAACGGCGGCUGCUGUGACUGCAGCCAAUAAUUUAUACAACAAAUCGCUCAAUUCAUUGAAUUUAAAUCAAUUUCCUAAAGGAAUUUAUCGUAAUACAGAUAGAAACCGAGAAAUUACAUCAACAAAAGGUAUCGAGGAUAAUCAAGAUAAAUUAGGCAAGACACGACUCAUUGACCACGAAUCGAAAAAUAGCGAAGAUUUAGAUGUGGAAGAUAAUUGUGAUUCCAUAAGUAAUGGAAAGGUUUCGUGUGAAACGUUCGAGUGUUUUACUUGCAAGAAAGGUUUCAAUACGGCACAUGGAUUGGAAAUUCAUGUUCGGCGCUCUCAUGCUGGUGUUAGACCGUUCGAAUGUGACGCCUGUGGAAAAACCUUUGGACAUCGAGUUAGUUUAGAGCAACAUAAGGCAGUGCAUACGAAUAUUAAGUCUUAUGAGUGUAAGACUUGUUUNAAGAUUUUUAAACGAUCAUCGACACUAUCUACUCAUAUGUUAAUCCAUACCAAUACAAGACCCUUUGCUUGUCAAUAUUGUGGCAAAAGAUUUCAUCAAAAAUCCGAUAUGAAAAAGCAUACCUAUAUUCAUACUGGUGAAAAACCUCACAAAUGUACAUUGUGUGGUAAAGCAUUUAGUCAAUCGUCGAAUUUAAUUACUCAUAGCCGCAAGCAUACAGGGUUUAAGCCAUUCUCAUGUGAAAUUUGUAGCCGUGCUUUUCCACGUAAAGUCGAUCUUCGAAGACACAUGCAUACUCAUCAAAGUCAGCGUUAAGAACUUAUUCAAGGACUUUCUGGUAGAUCAUCGAG